UAUCUGAUCCCAGCUACGGGUUUAAGAGUCCUUGGCCCUGCCCGUCGCACAGCUCCGUUCCUCACUCCUGCCCGCCCCGUCCGUCCAUCCGUCCCGCUGCCCCGCGGCCCAUCCAAGGGGUCACUCCACCUCGGACCUAAGAUGACAUCAGUUGCCAAGGUGUAUUACAGUCAGACUACUCAGACAGAAAGCCGGCCCCUGGUGGGCCCAGGGAUACGACGGCGGAGAGUCCUGACAAAAGACGGCCGCAGCAAUGUGAGAAUGGAACACAUUGCUGACAAGCGCUUCCUCUACCUCAAGGACCUGUGGACAACCUUCAUUGACAUGCAGUGGCGCUACAAGCUUCUGCUUUUCUCUGCGACCUUUGCAGGCACCUGGUUCCUCUUUGGAGUGGUGUGGUAUCUGGUAGCUGUGGCACAUGGGGACCUACUGGAGCUGGGCCCCCCAGCCAACCACACCCCUUGUGUGGUACAGGUGCACACACUCACUGGAGCCUUCCUCUUCUCCCUUGAGUCCCAGACCACCAUUGGCUAUGGCUUCCGCUACAUCAGUGAGGAAUGCCCACUGGCCAUCGUGCUGCUUAUUGCCCAGCUGGUGCUCACUACCAUCCUGGAAAUCUUCAUCACAGGUACCUUCCUGGCGAAGAUUGCCCGGCCCAAGAAGAGGGCUGAGACCAUCCGUUUCAGCCAGCAUGCAGUCGUAGCUGCCCACAAUGGGAAGCCCUGCCUUAUGAUCCGAGUUGCCAAUAUGCGUAAAAGCCUCCUCAUUGGCUGCCAGGUGACAGGCAAACUGCUUCAGACCCACCAGACCAAGGAGGGUGAGAACAUCCGGCUCAACCAGGUCAAUGUGACUUUCCAAGUAGACACAGCCUCUGACAGCCCCUUCCUCAUUCUACCCCUUACCUUCUACCAUGUGGUAGAUGAGACCAGUCCCUUGAAAGAUCUCCCCCUUCGCAGUGGUGAGGGUGACUUUGAACUGGUGCUGAUCCUAAGUGGAACAGUGGAAUCCACCAGUGCCACCUGCCAGGUGCGCACUUCCUACCUGCCAGAGGAGAUCCUUUGGGGCUACGAGUUCACACCUGCCAUCUCACUGUCAGCCAGUGGCAAAUACAUAGCUGACUUCAGUCUUUUUGACCAAGUUGUGAAAGUGGCCCCCCCUAGUGGCAUUCGUGACAGCACUGUACGAUACGGAGACCCAGAAAAGCUCAAGUUGGAGGAGUCAUUACGAGAGCAGGCUGAGAAGGAGGGCGGUGCCCUUAGUGUGCGCAUCAGCAACGUCUGAUGGCCUGUUCCUAUCUCCCCAUCCUUCUCGCCUCUUUUCCUCUCUUUUGGCACUCUGGAGGUGGGAGCAGCUGCAGCUCCAGCCCUUGCCCCUGGAAUUAAACUGAGAAGCUGAACACCUUGGUAUAUGGGAGGCAUUAAAGGGAAGCCUCAACCCUAGAAUCCAAAUGCCAGGACUGAAGAGCUGUUGGGCCCAAGAUACUCCCAAGGCAGAGGCCCUGCCCCUUAUAUGGCUGCAAGCAGCCCCCAAAGAAUGUCAUCUUAUGCCAGCAGAGUCCCAAUCCUGGCAUUUUGGCAUGAAGGAUGAUGCUUUGGCUUUGAUGCUUCUGUAUGAAAAAGAGAAGUGGGACUACCAGCUUCCCUAGAAGAUGGUGCAGUUCCAAGAGAGGCUUUUGAAAUCCCUACACUGUGCUUCACUUCAUUAACCCCAACACUUGUCAGCUAAUAAGACCAUCCAGGGAUUUCCCUACAAGGUCUGAGCAGAGGAAGCAAGACAGUUUUACUACUGCUACAAGCCAGGGACAUUGCACCCUCCCCAAGGCUGCUACCCUGGUCCUUUACCCCUCCUAGCUAACCUAGAUUAUUUGUAAAAUAACACACAACCUUUUCCGUAAAGUCAGCAUGGGCCUCCAGGCUCAGUAAUGGCCAACUCUACUGAAGCAGAAGUAUCUAGGGAUGGUUUUUCCAUCCAUUGCAUUAAAGACUAAACAAGGUCAAAUUUACCUAGGAAAAAAAGGUGUGUGAGUUUUUUUGGUUUGUUUUAUUUUAUUUUUGUCUGCUCAGAACAAGCUACUAAAUAAAAUGGAUGAAUCUCUGGUCUUCACUCUAGCUU